AUGGUGGCGACUUUGGAUCUCCUCUUCGAUUCGUCGGUGAUUUCCCCGGAAAUUAAGGCUGCAUAUCCAGCGGGGUACACAAUCCGUCCCCUCGCCCGCGAUGACUGCCAUCGAGGCUUCUUCAAAUGCCUUCAAGACCUGACUUGGACUGGAGAUAUAACCGAGGCCCAGUACCUCGAACGGUUUGACUGGCACAAAAAAUAUGGCCAGGGUUGGUACUACUGCGUGGUCAUCCUGGACCCAUCUGAGCGCGUUGUCGGAACUGGGGUUGUAGUGGUGGAGAGGAAAUUCAUCCACAACCUUGGUAUAAUCGGGCACAUUGAGGACAUUUCCAUCGCCAAGGAUCAUCAAGGGAAACACUUUGGCCAGAAGCUGAUAAGGACGCUGGAUAGCAUCGCGGUCAACGUUGGCUGCUACAAAACAAUACUCGACUGUGCGCCUCGCAACGAGGCAUUCUAUGCAAAAUGCGACUACGAAAAGGCCGGGACGGAAAUGUCGCAUUAUUUUGAGGAGUUCAAAAGCGACUAUGAGCGUGGGUAG